GACAUCCGUCACGAAACUAAGAUGGCGACCGAAAACAACAUGUCCGCCGUUGUUUAACAGCAAACUCCCCGGCAACGUGCUUAGAGACGAUCUCUCGAAGACGGGCAUAAUCCAGGGAUGCAACUAUAUGUAUUGCAAAAAAUUUGAGUGAAUAUUAUAUACGAAGUGUGGGAGAUAUAAAGAACAAGAUGGCGGCCUUUAUUCAAGAAGAAGGCUUCAUAUUUUACCUCCUUUUUCAUUAAAAUUUUUAUUAUAAACUUUGCGUUUCCACAAUCUAUGAUAUUAUUUUAAAAGUUAGUGAAACACUAUUUUAAUUAUUCAGUCAGUUUAUUUUAUCUUGUUUUUAUUCCAGAUAUAAUGGCAAUGAGUUGGAGGGUGGUGCACUUUAUUAAAGAAAAUACAGUAGAAGCCGUGCCAGCGUCCUGGGUCAAAGAUAUCAAUGGAUGUUUUUGGCCACCAUACAGUGGAUUAGAAUUAAAAAAUUUGAUAAAAAAUUGUACCCCACCUAGCUAUGAUUGGGAUCUUUACCAUUCAAGGCCAAUUGGUGAAUUAUAUGGAGAUCUGAGUGUUGCAAAAAGUAAAGCUGCUCAAACUGAAGAAACUUCUGAUUUAGCAUCAGAAAAUGAAAGAAGGAAAAUUAAAAAAAAAAGAUUCACAUCCGAUUCAGAUUCAGAUUCAAAUCCAAUUACUUUCAACAUUUCCCAUAAAAAAAAAAGCGUUAUAAAUGAAGAAAGCGAAGAAAGUGAUAAAGAAAAUGAAAUAGUUUACAUUCCAAUUUUAAGGAAGGCUACCAAAGAAAAUUUUGUGGCACCAGUUUCAAAAAACGUGGUCAAUGUUCAAACUGAUUCAGUGCCGCGUACAUCAAAAGAAGAAAUUCCAAAUACCGUUAAACCUCAAGAUGCUUCUAAAGAUGAAGCCUACAAAAGGCAAGUAUUAAGGAUGCUGUCGAUUCUCAAUUAUAAAAUGGACCAAAUUGCGGAAGAUUUAAAUAAUCUUAAGAUAAAUAAUAUUAUGGAAAAAGAAGUUCCCGUAAUGGAAUCUUUAUUUGAAAAAUUCAAUUUUCCCUUGAAUUCAAUGGAAGAACUUCAUAAUUUAGAAAUUUAUUUAGAAAAUGAUGAAAAAAGAAAAGAAGUUGUGAUAGAACUUUCAAGAUUUGGAGGAACAAAUCCUAAAAUUAUGGUCAAAAGAAUAAUGGAGAAAGUUUUCUCUAACGAGUUGGCUGUGCAAUAUUCUUGGCUGGGAUUCAAAAAGAAAGAAAAUUUUUCUAAUUUGAUUCUUUCCCAAAUAAUAAUAAAAUCUGUGAUGGCACUCCACACAAGCACUUCAGCAUCUGAUGUUGAAAGUGCCAUCAAAAUGUGGUUGGUUAAAGCCAAAGAAAGAAUUCAGAAACAACAGCAAGAGUGAUAUACUUAUAUUAAUGAUUUUUUUUUGUUAAAUCUAAUUUAAAGUUUAAAUCUAAUCUAAAGUUUAUACCUGUAUAUUGUACUGAAGUAUUUUUGUUUUUCUUAUAUGUUCAAAUUUUACGAUUAAUCAUUUCAGUGAUAUAAUUGUUUAAUAUAAAGUAUAUUGUUUUAAGACUCUCAUAUGUAUAAGGCUCUAAGUUUCUAAUAUCUGAAUGUACUGAUUUAAUGUUAAUUUUUUAUAGUUCAUUAUAUUUGUAUCCAUCAGUAUUAUAUUUUAUAUAAGAUAAUAUAAUAUAUAUUAAUUAUAUAAUAUAAAAUAUAUUUUAUU